GAGUCCAGAUGUUCCAUAAAAUGGAUGUUUCUCACACUAGAUACUGACUAUUAAGUAGAAAAUCUAAUCAAUAAAAUCUAAGCUGCCAUGGAAGAAGUACCAGUAAAAGUUGCUGUAAGAAUUAGACCUCUUCUCUGCAAAGAAGUUCUUCAUAAUCAUCAAGUGUGUGUGAGAAUUAUUCCAAACACCCAGCAAAUAAUCAUUGGAAGAGACAGAGUCUUUACUUUUGAUUAUGUUUUUGGCAAAAGUUCCACUCAAGAUGAAGUUUAUAAUAUGUGUAUAAAGCCACUGGUGUUAUCACUCAUUGAGGGCUAUAAUGCAACAGUUUUUGCCUAUGGACAGACUGGAUCUGGGAAGACCUAUACCAUUGGAGGAGGCCACGUUGCUUCAGUUGUAGAGGGUCAAAAAGGUAUCAUUCCUCGUGCUAUACAAGAAAUAUUUCAAAACAUCUCUGAAAAUCCUAACAUUGACUUUAAUAUAAAAGUGUCUUAUAUAGAAGUAUACAAGGAAGAACUAAGAGAUCUUCUAGAAUUGGAGCCAUCCAUGAAGGAUCUUCAUAUCCGAGAAGAUGAAAAAGGAAACACAGUGAUUGCCGGGGCUAAAGAAUGCCAGGUGGAGAGUGCAGACGAAGUGAUGAGUCUCCUGGAGUUGGGGAACGCAGCCAGACAUACAGGGACCACCCAAAUGAAUGAGCACUCCAGUAGGUCACAUGCUAUCUUCACCAUCAGCCUUUGCCAAGUGGAGAAAAAUACUGAGGCAGCUGAAGAUGCAUCUUGGAAAUCCCCUCGGCAUAUUGUUUCAAAGUUCCACUUUGUGGAUUUGGCUGGCUCUGAAAGAGUAACAAAAACAGGCAAUACAGGUGAGCGGUUUAAAGAAUCCAUUCAGAUCAACAGUGGACUGCUGGCUUUAGGGAAUGUCAUAAGCGCUCUUGGGGACCCACGAAGGAAGAGCUCGCAUAUUCCCUACAGGGAUGCUAAAAUUACCCGGCUUCUGAAAGACUCCCUGGGAGGCAGCGCCAAGACUGUCAUGAUCACUUGUGUUAGCCCAUCUUCCUCUGAUUUUGAUGAAUCCUUAAAUUCUCUCAAAUAUGCCAACAGAGCCCGGAACAUUAGAAAUAAGCCCAUUGUAAACUUCAGCCCUGAGUCAGACCGUAUGGAUGAAAUGGAAUUUGAAAUUAAGUUGCUUCGAGAAGCUUUGCAAAGUCAGCAGACCAGUAUCAGCCAGACUAGCCAGACCCAUUCAGAGGGGACUCCUGAUAAAAAUAGGAUCCAUUCUCUUGAGGAGCUAGUAGCCCAGUUACAAGGAGAAUGUCUGGGUUACCAAAAUUGUAUAGAAGAAGCCUUUACUUUCCUGCUGGACUUAAAAGAUGGUGUCAGGCUAAACCAAAAGCAGCAGCACAAACUUCAGGAGUGGCUUAACAUGACCCAGGAGGUGAGGAAGUCAGCACCUAGCUCAUUCAGACAUCGAAGCAUUGGAAACAUGGAAGAAGGACCACAGCAUGUUACGGUUCUCCAGCUGAAGAGAGAGCUUAAGAAAUGCCAGUGUGCUCUUGCUGCUGAUGAAGUAGUUUUCAAUCAGAAGGAACUAGAAAUGAAGGAGCUCAAGAAUCAAGUGCAAAUGAUGGUACUGGAAAACAAAGGACAUGUUAUAUCCUUGAAAGAAGCACAAAAAGUGAAUAGAUUGCAGAAUGAAAAAAUAAUAGAACAACAACUUCUUGUGGAUCAACUGAGUGAAGAACUAACAAAACUUAACCUGUCCAUGACUUCUUCAGUGAAGGAAACUUGUGGAGAUGGGCCAGAUGCCAGGAUACCUGAAAAGAGACCAUUUACUGUACCAUUUGAUAAUCAUUUGGGGCAUUAUAUUUACAUCCCAGCAAGACCAGAUUCCAGGAAGGUCUACACAAGUCCUCCUAUGUACUCUCUGGAUCGAAUAGUUGCUGGAUUUCGAACGCGAAGUCAGAUGCUGUUGGGUCACUUAGAAGAACAAGAUGAAGUUCUCCACUGCCAAUUUUCUGAUAAUAGUGACGAUGAAGAAGCAGAAGAAGGUCAGGAGAAAUCUGGACUCAGACAAUGUAGAAGUCACCCAUGGAUUCAAAAGCCAAGCCCUGUUUGUUCUCUUGUUGAAUUGAAUGAUAUUCAGGAUCAAGCACACAAGUCAACUUUGGCAAAUGAAGAUGUAAAGAUCGAAUGUCUCCAGGAAAGUCGAGAAUUAAACUUGCAAAAAUUAAGGAAGUCCGAACUCAUACUUACUGAAGCUAAGCAAAAAAUGAGAGAACUUACAAUUAAUAUCAAGAUGAAGGAAGAUCUGAUUAAAGAACUGAUAAAAACAGGUAACGAUGCUAAGUCUGUAAGCAAACAGUAUUCUCUGAAAGUAACAAAACUAGAGCAUGAAGCAGAACAGGCGAAAGUGGAAUUAACUGAAACACAAAAACAGCUACAAGAACUGGAAAACAAGGAGCUUUCUGAUGUUGCUUUGAAGGUAAAAUUACAGAAGGAAUUUCGCAAAAAGAUGGAUGCCGCAAAGCUAAAAGUCCAGGUUUUACAGAAGAAGCAGCAGGACAGUAAGAAACUGGCAUCACUGUCAAUCCAAAAUGAGAAACGUGCUAAUGAGCUCGAGCAGAAUGUAGAUCACAUGAGAUACCAAAAGGCACAGCUGCAAAGAAGACUUCGAGAAGAAAAUGAAAAAAAGAAGCAACUGGAUGCAGAAAUUAAGCGGGAUCAACAAAAAAUCAAAGAACUGCAGUUAACAGAACAACAAGAGGAGGAAGAUCUGCUACUGAAAACUGAGGACCUUGAUGAAUUUGAUAUAAAAAGGAGCAAAGGAUCAUUUGAAACUUUAGACCAGCUCCAGAAAUUGGAUGAUAAAAAGAAAUGGUUAGAUGAAGAAGUCGAGAAAGUUCUGAACCAGCGCCAAGAAUUACAGGAGUUGGAAGAAGACUUAAAGAAACGGGAGGCCAUAGUUUCGAAGAAGGAGGCCCUGUUACAGGAGAAGAGCCACUUGGAAAAUAAGAAGUUGAGAUCUAGUCAGGCCUUAAACAAAGACAGUUUGAAAAUAUCAACUCGCCUGAACUUGUUGGACCAAGAGUUGUGUGAAAAAAGUGUGCAGCUCCAAAGCAGCACAGCUGAAGAGAAAGUUGAGAUUUCUGACCAAGUUCAAGCCCUCCAGAGGGAAAAGGAUCAGUUACAGAGGCAAAGAAACAGUGUGGAUGAGAAGCUUAAAAAUGGUAGAGUGUUGUCACCUGAAGAAGAGCAUGUUCUUUUCCAACUUGAAGAAGGAAUUGAAGCUUUGGAAGCUGCGAUUGAAUACAAGAAUGAAAGUAUCCAGAGUCGCCAGAACUCCCUCAGAGCUUCAUUCCAAAACCUCUCUCGCAGUGAAGCAAAUGUCUUGGAAAAACUAAUUUGCCUGAAUCCUGUUGAGAUUAGAGCUAUUCUUUUCAGAUAUUUCAAUAAGGUGGUUAAUUUGAGAGAAGCUGAACGGAAACUACAGUUAGAGAAUGAAGAAAUGAAAAUGAAGACUCUGGAACAAGAUAAUGUUGUUCGUGAGUUGGAAUCUGCACUGGAACAUCUGAAAUUACAGUGUGACCGGAGACUGACCCUCCAGCAAAAGGAGCAUGAGCAAAAGAUGCAGUUGCUAUUAUGUCACUUUAAAGAGUCAAAUGGGGAAGGCAUUGUGGAAACUUUAAAAACCUAUGAAGAUAAAACCCAGCAGCUGGAAAAAGAUCUUUAUUUCUAUAAGAAAACCAGCAGGGACCUUAAGAAGAAACUAAAGGAACUGUUGGGGGAAGCAAUUCAGCGGCAACCGGCACCAUCAGAACAUCAUGAUGCUGGAGAUGGAGUCCUGAACCCAGAAGAAACGGGCAUGCUUUUAGAAGAAUUAAAAUGGGCAUCUGGAACUGAAAAUAUGAAAUUAAGUAGAAGAGAAAGAGAAAUAGACAGUUCAACAAACAGUGUAAGGAUUCAACCAAAUCCUCAGCAGCUUUGGGAAGAGGGUUCAGAAUUACCUCUAACGCAUAGCUCUCUAGUACCCACUAGGGGGCAUUUGUUAAGCAAUGAAGAUAAAACAGAAAUGGAUGAAAAUCUGUUUACAAAAUCUCACAAUCGACUAUCACCCCAAAUUCAGCCAGUGGGAAAUGUGGGACAGCUUCAUGGAGUAACACCUGUAAAACUGUGUCGCAAAGAGUUACGACAAAUUUCUGCCUUGGAACUCUCCUUACGACGUUCCACUUUUGGAGUUGGGGUUGGAUCAAUGACUGCUGAUUCCCUCGAAAUAUCUAGGAAACCAAAUGACUUAAAAACUUAG